GGCGCGCGGGCGGCGGCGAUGAGUGCCUCUGCGGCCACCGGGGUCUUCGUGCUGUCCCUCUCGGCCAUCCCCGUCACCUAUGUCUUCAACCACCUGGCGACCCAGCACCAGUCCUGGACAAUUGUAGGGUUUGCUGCCCUCAUCCUGCUCCUGGUAGCUCUGUUGGCCAGAGUCCUCGUCAAAAGAAAACCACCCCGGGACCCGUUGUUCUAUGGUACGUACGUCUCUAUGGCAGGGAAACCAUUCGUGUUCCCUGAAGAUCUCGACAGGGCGGCCCUGGCACCCACCUGUAAAGAAGCAGGAAGUGAAGGAGUAUUUCAGGAUGACGUGGCCCUCACCUCCAAACUAAGCCUCUCUCAGGCUGUGGACCCUCCACUCUCCCAGCUGGAAGUCCAGGAAAGGAGCUCCCUUGAGAGUCAAGUGUACGCAGUUUUUGGAUUUACCAGCGUGGUGAACCUCAUCAUAGGACUGGAACAGGACGGAGUCAUUGACGGGUUCAUGACGUACUACCUGAGAGAGGGUGAACCGCAUCUGAACACUGCGCACGGGCACGUGAUCUGCUACUGGGACGGCUCUGUGCAUUAUCUGAUGUAUCUGGUGAUGGUGGCAGCCAUAGCCUGGGAGGAAAGUUAUAGAACCAUUGGUCUAUACUGGCUUGGAUCUAUUACUAUGAGUGUUAUUGUUUUUGUGCCAGGAAACAUUGUAGGGAAGUAUGGAACACGCAUUUGCCCUGCUUUUUUCUUAAGCAUACCAUACACUUGUCUUCCUGUGUGGGCUGGUUUCAGAAUCUAUAAUCAGCCAUCAGAAAAUUACAAUUAUCCUUCAAAGGUCAUUCAAGAAGUCCAAGCGAAGGACCUGCUGAGAAGACCAUUUGAUUUAAUGUUGGCUAUAUGUCUCCUCCUGGCAACUGGAUUUAGCCUGUUUAGAGGCUUGAUUGCUUUGGAUUGCCCAGCUGAGCUCUGCCGAUUUUAUGCACAAUUUCAAGAGCCCUAUCUGAAGGAUCCUGCUGCUUACCCGAAAAUCCAGAUGCUGGCUUAUCUGUUCUAUUCUGUCCCUUACUUUGUGGUUGCACUUUAUGGCUUAGUGGUGCCCGGAUGCUCCUGGAUGGCUGACAUAACACUGAUUCACGCUGGAGGUCUUGCUCAGGUACUAAGAAUAUGCUCCAUUACGAAAGUUUACUGGGAAUUUGGCCUGGCAUGGUUGAGUAUCUGAAAAACGUCUCUGCUCAGUAUUUUAGGGUAGGAAAUACUAAUCAGACAUGGUGUCCCCUUUGGUUUUACAGUUCUUUAGAAGACGUUUUUGCAUAUACAUUACAUUUAAAUCUCACAGUAGCUACCUGGUAG